AUGGAAAACAAAGUGAAGCAAAAAUUCUCCCGCAUGUUUCGGUCAUCACUCGAUUCUUGCCGGUCAAAGAGCCGCUCCGACGUCUCGGAGCAGCCCUUUUUCUUCCCGGAAAACCGCUUCCACCACCACCAACUCAUCCAGCUCUUCUCCCCCAAACCACUUCCCGCCCGCCCUCUCCCUCCUUUCCGCGCACCCAAAUCACCGCAAACCACCGGCCCCACUUCUCCCCUCCCUCCUCCCACCACCACCACCACCAACACCUUGUUCAAGCACUGUAAACCCAGACACAAACACCGGAGACGCCGGAGCCAAUCAAGAAAGACUCGCCAGAAGAACAACGACAAGUUCGAUCAGUUCUUCACCUCCGUUGCUGCCAAUUAUUAUGGAUGUUACAGCAGUGACGAUGAAAAAGAAGAAGAAAAUGCGAGUAAAUAUGAUGACGAUACCACAUUCUUCUCCUCCAAAUCCAUGUCUUCUGACUCCUCGCUAGCCAUGGAGAAGAGCUCAACAAAACAACAGUGGGAUAAUUUCGAUGAUGAUGAUGAUGAUGAGUUGACGGCGAAGAUUCACGCAGAUAGUUUCGCAGUGAUCAAGCGUUCGAGUGAUCCGUACAGUGACUUCAGGACCUCAAUGGUGGAGAUGAUCGUGGAGAAGCAGAUAUUCGGGUCCAAAGAUCUCGAAAAUUUGUUGCACUGCUUUCUCUCGCUCAACUCGCUCAUUCAUCACCGCGUUAUAAUUGAAGUCUUCACUGAGAUUUGGGAAACUCUGUUUUCUGAUUGGGACUGA